AUGGGGCGGAGGACCACAGCACUGAGACUGCUGCUGGCGCUGACUGUGCUGGUGCUGAAGCCAUCACCGCUGCAGUCCGGACAGCUGUCAGGGUCGCGCUGCCCCGAGCCCUGUGACUGCACGCCUGACGGGGCCCUGCGCUGCCCUGGCCCUCUAGCUGGCCUUGCCCGACUAUCACUCACCUAUCUCCCUGUCAAAGUAAUCCCAUCACAAGCUUUCAGGGGACUUAAUGAGGUCGUGAAAAUUGAAAUCUCUCAGAGUGAUUCCCUGGAAAGGAUAGAAGCUAAUGCCUUUGACAGCCUCCUCAAUUUGUCUGAAAUACUGAUCCAGAACACCAAAAACCUGGAAUACAUUGAACCUGGUGCCUUCACAAACCUCCCUCGGUUAAAAUACCUGAGCAUCUGCAACACGGGCAUCCGAACCCUUCCAGAUGUUACAAAGAUCUCCUCCUCCGAAUUUAAUUUUAUUCUGGAAAUCUGUGAUAACUUACACAUAACCACCAUACCAGGGAAUGCUUUCCAAGGGAUGACUAAUGAAUCCAUCAUGCUCAAACUGUAUGGAAAUGGAUUUGAGGAAGUACAAAGCCAUGCAUUCAAUGGGACUACGCUAAUCUCGCUGGAGUUAAAGGAAAACAGCCGCCUGGAGAAGAUGCACAGUGGAGCCUUCCAGGGUGCCACGGGGCCCAGCAUCCUGGAUAUUUCUUCCACAAAACUGCGGGCCCUGCCGAGCCACGGGCUGGAGUCCAUUCAAACCCUCAUCGCCACAUCCUCCUACUCACUGAAAACACUGCCCUCCAGAGAAAAAUUCACCAGCCUCCUGGUUGCCACGCUGACUUACCCCAGCCACUGCUGCGCUUUUAGGAAUUUGCCAAAGAAAGAACAGAAUUUUUCAUUUUCCAUUUUUGAAAACUUUUCCAAACAAUGUGAAAGCACAGUAAGAAAACCAAAUAAUGAAACGCUUUAUUCCGCCAUCUUUGAGGAGAGUGAACUCAGUGUCUGGGAUUACGAUUAUGGCUUCUGCUCACCCAAGGCACUCCAAUGUGCUCCUGAACCAGAUGCUUUCAAUCCCUGUGAAGAUAUUGUGGGCUACGCCUUCCUUAGAGUCCUGAUUUGGCUGAUUAACAUCCUAGCCAUCCUUGGCAACUUGACAGUCCUCUUGGUUCUCCUGACAAGUCGUUAUAAGCUGACAGUGCCCCGUUUCCUCAUGUGCAAUCUCUCCUUUGCAGACUUUUGCAUGGGGCUCUAUCUGCUGCUCAUUGCCUCAGUGGAUUCCCAAACAAAAGGCCAGUACUAUAACCAUGCCAUAGACUGGCAGACAGGGAGUGGCUGCAGUGCGGCUGGCUUCUUCACUGUGUUCGCAAGUGAACUUUCUGUCUACACCCUUACGGUCAUCACCCUAGAAAGGUGGCACACCAUCAGCUAUGCUGUUCAGCUGGACCAAAAGCUGCGACUGAGACACGCCAUCCCAAUCAUGCUUGGAGGAUGGCUCUUUUCGACUCUGAUUGCCGUGUUGCCCCUCCUGGGUGUCAGUAGUUACAUGAAGGUCAGCAUCUGCCUCCCCAUGGAUGUGGAAUCCACUCUCUCCCAAGUGUACAUAUUAUCCAUCUUGAUCCUCAAUGUGAUAGCAUUCGUCAUCAUCUGUGCUUGCUACAUUAGGAUUUACUUUGCAGUCCAAAACCCAGACCUGAUGGCUACUAACAAGGAUACAAAAAUUGCUAAAAAGAUGGCCGUCCUCAUCUUCACGGACUUCAUGUGCAUGGCACCUAUUUCCUUUUUUGCCAUCUCAGCUGCCUUCAAAGUGCCCCUUAUCACUGUCACCAACUCUAAAGUUUUACUGGUCCUUUUUUAUCCUGUCAAUUCUUGUGCCAAUCCAUUUCUAUAUGCAAUUUUCACAAAGGCAUUUCAAAGAGAUUUCUUUCUGUUGCUGAGCAAAUUUGGCUGCUGUAAACAGCGGGCUGAGCUGUACAGAAGGAAGGAAUUUUCUGUGUAUACCUCCAACUGCAAAAAUGGCUUCCCAGGGUCCAGUAAGCCUCUCCAGGCUGCCCUGAAGCUGCCCACCGUGCACUACCGCCAUCCCGCUGCUCUAGAGAAGACUUACCACCAAGAGUGUUAA